AUGACCAUCUUGAGGUCAUCAAGGCUCGACUCGUUGUUGACGUCGAAAAUCUGUCUCACCUCUGUUUGUGCCCUUUCGAGGACUGUUGGGUUUCUCAACAGUUCGACCAUAGCCCAAUCCACUACUGUGCUCGUUGUCUCGCGAAAGCUCUUGGGUCCCAUCACCCUGGAUUUCCAAGAGGACAUCCAACAAGUCCUCGUAUUUUUUUUGGCUCUUAGCUUUGGCUCGUUUGCGCUCGUCGAUUAUCUUCCCGAUAAUCCUGUCCGAGAGUCGAUGAAGCCUCUCGAUCUCUCUUCUGGCUGGGCUUACGAGACGAAAUAG